AUGAUCUUUACCGCGGACCCUUACCGCGUUCUUGAUCAUGUGAGUCUGCAACUUACUACACAAAGUGACCUAGCUGGUUCGCAUUUGAGUUCUCGCCGAGGGUGGACGCAACCCGAGGAUGGGGCCGCCAUCCACCCUCGAUCGCCGUCAAGGAGCCGUCUGGAGAAGCCAGAUUCACGUAGCGAAAUUUUUCUUAGUCCUCUUUUCGUCUCAAGUCACAUCACUCGGUGGAUAAGUAGCACACGAUACCUCGAAGGCAGUUGGACGUUUGAUUGUACCGAUUUCACAGGGCGCAUACCCGGGAACGCGGCCUCGGAGAAAUAUUCGGCGGCCACAACUAACCGAAUCCAAAAAGAUCAAGAUCCAUCAGGUACUGUCCCAUCUAUUCACUGCACGUUCUUGGCGCCAUUAUUGGUCUCAUGUUACGAAUGCAUUAAUAGAUGGGGGGUCAAAGGGGAGAGGGGGAGGGGAGUAGCUCUCCAUUCCAAAGCCUCAACCUACGCCCGUUGCGGGUUGGCGACUUUCUUCACGAGGUUAAAAAGCCGUCUACCAGUGAAUGCUCAAACGGGGAUGGCCCUUAUCCCCAUUGAGAGUCGUUUCCUCCGCAAGAGUCGCUGA